AUGAGCAUUCCAGCGAAUAGAACUAUCAUUAACCAAUUCGACCCGCCUGAAGUGUCGGGGACCGAAAUCGGCACUAGCUCUUCUCAAGCCGGAGGCUCCUUUGGUGGCAACAUCUCUACUAUCGAAUUAGCUGCAAUUAUUGGAGGCCUCAUUAUACUGUUUAUGCUCGUAUGUGCUAUAGGCUGCUCAGCCAAGCUAUGUCGCCAAUGGGCGAGGGCCAGAGUGGUCGGCAAACCCGCGGCUGGCGAUGUUGAAGAUGAUGAUGAAACCCUCGAAGAGGGAUUAGAGGAGCGAAGUUGA